UUGCUGAAGCAUGAUUUCUAUGUGAAACUCUCCACAGGACGCCAUGAAGACCCUCCACACUUUUCUCCUGCUAGUAUUUGGCCUAACUGUUGCUCAGGCUACUGACUACAAGGCUCUGUGGCAGUUCAGGGCUAUGAUCGUCUGUGUCAAGCCCGAUAGCUGGCCAGCUCUAGACUACGCUAACUACGGCUGCUACUGUGGUUUGGGAGGCUCAGGAACCCCUGUUGAUGAGCUGGACAGAUGCUGUGAAAUACAUGACAAGUGUUACAGUGAUGCCAUGCAACACGAAGCGUGCUGGCCAAUCCUGGACAACCCUUACACCGAGAUCUAUGCCUAUAGUUGUGACAAAGCAACUAAGACAAUAACCUGCAAGAGCAACAACAACAAUUGUGAGAUGUUCAUCUGCGAGUGCGACCGGAAGGCUGCCGAGUGCUUUGCUGUUUCUCAGUACAAUGAGGAGAACAAGAACAUAUCCAGCGACCGCUGCAAAUAACCAUGUAGAUUAUUGUGUAAACAUUACACACCGUACCAAACAGUAGAGCUAGUAACUAUUAACACUAAACAUCUAGCCAUUUAAUCUUCUGUGUCUUACUCAGUGAUUAUUUUAUAUUCAUCAGAAAUCAGUUUUACUCUUUAUCUCGUGAAAAACUUUUACUCAAGCAAUAAUCAAUAAACGACUCAUGAUAAUAA